AUCCAUCAACUCCACAGUCUCAACGCUACAACACUCAAGAAACACUUACCUCUCUCAUCAACAACUUUAUAAACAACCGCCAUCAUGCGUUUCUCCGUCGCCGCCGCUUCCGCCGCUCUCCUCGCCCUCGCUGAGGCCCGCAUCACCGGUAUCCAGGUCCCCAAGGAGAUCAAGGCUGGUGAGGCUUUCGAGGCCAUCGUUGUUCGUGAGAACUACAUCCAGAGCGUCUUCGACUCUUCCAUCGUCUUCGGCUACUCUGCCAACCCUUACCCCGGCACCAUCGGCCAGGUCCUCGACUCUACUCCUCUCGGAAAGGCCGAGUCCAACAAGAUUGACAACCUCAAGGUCAAGCUGACCAUCCCCGAGUCCACCCAGAAGGGCAAGGGUGUCGUCUCUGCUGCUCUCCUCAGCGUCUACGGUGCUUCUGGAAGCCCUACUCUCAGCGAGUACAACGUCACUGUCACCAUCGGUGACAAGACCAGCACCGAGUACGGUUCCAGCAGCUAAAUUUCCGGCUGGUCUUAGACUUUGAUUGCACAACUCACGAGCCUCAUGUCAUUAAACCUUGAACGUAGUGUUGGAAAUGGAGCCCGAAAAUGGAGAUUCCAUGGACACGGCCUCCCUGCAAUCACCACCAGAUUUGCAUAUUUCGAGUACAUAUCUAGUUAGCCUGUUACAACAUAGACUUGAUCUUUUAUGAGCAAUUGACAAUAGCUUUUACACUAAAAAUAAUCUUUGCAAUUACAACUGUCAA